UCUUUAAUGUAAGAGAAAAUAUUUUUCUACGGGUGAGUUCUGGGGAUUCAUAAUAGGCAAAAGUCAUAUUUCUGUAGCUUUCUCUUAUGGCUGAUAAGCAGAAGAAAAUGCUAGCAGUAAAUUAAAUUCCAGAACUGAGACCAUUUACAUUACUAACAAAGUUUUAAAGCUACUGGAAUACUUAAUCUUUUUUUUUUUUAUCGCAGAGGGCACAGUAAAAUUAAUGAAUAAAUAAAAUCUGCAUUUGAUUUCAAAGUCUGACUUCAACACACAGUUUUUAUAAAGGCACAGAGUCUUAGAAGCAGCCUCAGGUAGCAUGUGUUCAUUCACAGCUUAGGAAAGUGAAGCUCAAAGAGGUGAGCCUGCUUUUCCAGGAUUAUGCGGUGAAUUGGUGGCAGACCCGUGUCCGUAAACUUACCACAUUGGCACGGUGGUCUGGAGAGGCAUUGUUUGCGAGACCAUCUGCUGGGAUGGACGCAUUAGAACUUAUGUUUUUAUUCAUUAUGUGAAACCUUUCUUACAUAUGUUGCAGUGGUUGUUAUAUUAAUAUAUAGAAUAUGUACAUAACUUAGAAGUAAUUCAUGACUACAGGCAGGUUGGGACUGCAUCCUAACACGUUUUUGGUGUAUAAUCGGAUGCUGACAUUGGUCAACAGGUCUAGAAACAGGAUCCUCCUAAGUGGGAGGAGUCCCUGUGCACUGUGGGGGACCCGCGGCCUUUGUGAAGGAUGGGGAGAAGGGCGAUUGGCUAGGUAGGCUGCCACUGCAUAAUGUUAUGUAACCUUCAUCUCCCCCGCUCUCCCCAGCCAAAUCUAUUGUACAUUCUGCACAUUUUGUGCUGCACAGAGAAAUACGAAGAGAAGAGAAAGGAAAGCUAGCCUCGCAGUUCAGUCCUGGCUCCGAAUCCCAGUCAGAAGUUCCAGCCUGCCGCUGUUCUCCGAUGCCAUGCCAGCACCAACCCAACUGUUUUUCCCUCUGAUCCGUAACUGUGAACUGAGCAGAAUCUAUGGCACUGCGUGCUACUGCCACCACAAACAUCUCUGCUGCUCACCCCCUUACAUUCCUCAGAGUCGCCUGAGAUACACGCCCCAUCCGGCGUAUGCUACCUUUUACAGGCCGAAGGACAGCUGGUGGCAGUACACCCAAGGGAGGAGGUACGCUUCCACACCGCAGAAAUUUUACCUCACCCCUCCGCAAGUCAACAGCAUCCUGAAAGCUAAUGAAUACAGCUUCAAAGUGCCAGAAUUUGACGGCAAAAAUGUCAGUUCUGUCCUUGGUUUUGACAGCAAUCAGCUGCCUGCAAACGCACCCAUCGAGGACCGGAGAAGCGCAGCCACCUGCCUGCAGACCAGAGGGAUGCUCCUGGGGGUUUUUGACGGCCACGCAGGCUGUGCUUGCUCCCAGGCGGUCAGUGAAAGACUCUUCUAUUACAUCGCUGUCUCUUUGUUACCCCACGAGACUCUGCUAGAGAUUGAAAACGCGGUGGAGAGCGGUCGAGCGCUGCUCCCCAUUCUCCAGUGGCACAAACACCCCAACGACUACUUCAGUAAGGAGGCGUCCAAAUUAUACUUCAACAGCCUGAGGACUUACUGGCAAGAGCUUAUAGACCUCAACACUGGGGAGUCGACGGACAUUGACGUCAAGGAGGCUUUGAUUAAUGCUUUCAAGAGGCUCGACAAUGACAUCUCCCUGGAGGCUCAAGUCGGGGACCCCAACUCUUUCCUCAACUACCUGGUGCUUCGAGUGGCAUUUUCUGGGGCCACAGCGUGUGUGGCCCACGUGGAUGGUGUUGACCUUCAUGUGGCCAAUACUGGUGACAGCAGAGCCAUGCUGGGUGUGCAGGAAGAGGACGGCUCUUGGUCAGCAGUCACUCUGUCUAACGACCACAAUGCUCAGAAUGAACGAGAAGUGGAACGGCUGAAAUUGGAGCACCCGAAGAAUGAGGCCAAGAGUGUGGUGAAGCAGGACCGGCUGCUGGGCUUGCUCAUGCCGUUCAGGGCUUUUGGAGACGUAAAGUUCAAAUGGAGCAUUGACCUUCAAAAGAGAGUGAUAGAAUCUGGCCCAGACCAGCUGAAUGACAACGAAUACACCAAAUUCAUCCCCCCUAAUUAUUACACACCUCCUUACCUCACUGCUGAGCCCGAGGUAACUUACCAUCGAUUAAGGCCACAGGAUAAGUUUCUGGUACUGGCUACUGAUGGGCUGUGGGAGACGAUGCACCGGCAGGACGUGGUUAGGAUUGUGGGCGAGCACCUGACGGGCAUGCAUCACCAGCAGCCCAUAGCUGUCGGUGGCUACAAGGUGACCCUGGGACAGAUGCAUGGCCUUUUAACAGAAAGGAGAGCCAAGAUGUCGUCGGUGUUUGAGGACCAGAAUGCCGCCACCCAUCUUAUCCGCCAUGCUGUGGGCAACAACGAGUUUGGGGCUGUCGAUCACGAGCGCCUCUCCAAAAUGCUCAGUCUUCCUGAAGAGCUCGCUCGGAUGUACAGAGACGACAUUACAAUCAUCGUAGUGCAGUUCAACUCGCACGUCGUAGGGGCCUGCCAAAACCAGGAGUAGUGAGUGCGUCUUACCCUGGCAGGUCUUAACUCUUAACUCACAGAUUUAAAGGGCAGAGAGAUUUUUAAAAGAUACUAGUGAACGUAAUAAACACUUCCAGUGGGUCAUUGUAAGCAUUUCCCCAUUUGGCACUCUGGUCGGUCGGGUCCUCCACAUUGCUUUUGCAGCAGGGCGGUAGGAUCAGGAGUCUCGCCCUGCCUAGCCCGGACCUCACGGCACCCGCACACCUGCACUUGGGGCCCGUCAGUCCCUUAUUGCAGUUGUCUUGUGACAUCUUUUAUCAGUCUGAGCAAAUCAGGAUGACCUGGCAGAUAGGAGCUUGAACAGGCCAAAAGCAAGGAUCUUGCUGGGUGUACUCCGCUGGUGAAAGGAAAAAAAAAUUACUGUUCACACCUGCAGACCCCUUUCAUCACCAAGAUUCCAGUGUGUGAGGACAUUUAUUUAUUGCAUGAUUUCCUAGAUAUACAAUCUAUGCAUUAUUCAUAUAAAUUUAUUUUUACCUGGAGUAGUUUUCAAAUCCAGUACUUUAAGCCAUAAACAACCGAGAACCAAGCAAUCUGAAUUUGUGUUUGUGAUUAUUUGACUGGAAUGCUUCUUGAAUGAAAAAACAAACUACUCUCUUCCCCAGCCCCUGAUUACCUAAUGUAAUUGAAACAUUUUCUGUUUUGCCACACACUUGAAGACAAUAAAGGUUUUUAGUUUUAUUUACUCAUAUUGAUGUUAAAUAAAAGAGAACUUUUUUAGUCUGUAUUAAUGAAAGGCUUAACUUAGUUUGAAAUAAAAAGAUCCAGAAAAAAGAGAAGAGACUGAUAUGUUCAGUUACUGUCAUCUGUAGCCACCAGCACAUCGCUCUUACCGUGUAAUCCCCAAAGCUUGGCGUGCUGUGAAUGUGUGGUGGGUAGACUGCUGCUGACAAGUCAUACUUCUAAUUUAGUAGUGAUAAGAAUUUUCAUCACUUUUGGAAUUGUAAAGAUGACAUAUAUGAAAUAAAUUCAAAUCCAGAAUUUUGGGGAAUAAAGUCUUACCUGCUGGUGUUGAGACGGGGAAGAAGUUUUUGUUUUUCUCCACUUAGACAUAGGUCAGUUAAAAUAAUUGGCUUAAAAGUCACUAAAUGCUUCAAACAUACUGUAGCUUAUAAAUAGGAAUGUUAAGAUAUAUUCAUGAGAAAUUUUAAGAGGUAACUUGUGCAUGCCUGAUGCUUAAUAAAACACUUAGUGGCAUCAAGUGUUGUUCGCAGCAGUCUCUGUAAUUAUAUGCAGUCUCUUCCAGUGCUGUAUCAAAGUAAAUGAAAAUAAAUAUAUUCAAAUUGGCUUUUUGGAAGCUUAUUUGAUAUGCAUCAAAUGGCAUUUUGUUCCUGUGUUUAAUGUACAGCUGUGCAUAUAUUUUCAUUAGUUAAUUCUAGCAUUACUGUUAAAGCAUGGCUAUGACUAUGUUUGAUUUUCAUAGAUAUUUAAUACAAAACAUGAUCAGUUUUCCCUUGUGUAAUUAGUUGAGGGAUGUCUAGGAGUCCUUUCAGAUUUCUGUGGAAUAUGAACUAGGUAUUCAAGGACUCCCUCUGGAAUGUGGGCACUGAAGCAAUGUAGAAUUGGCUGCAAAAUUUCUUGCAAUUGAAAACAGACUCAGGAAGAUUGCAGCUCAGAACAUCAUAUAAUGUUUGUUUUCUGAGGUCUGUUUUUUCCCCCUUGAGUCAGCUUGGAACUUUUCUCCUAGGCAGUAUUUUGGAGGGGGGGAAAGCACUAUAUAUUUAUUUAUAAAUGUUUUGACAGAGACUUCAUCUUUUAAUGAAAUAUAUUAGAAUGCAAUAACAGUUAAAACUCAUUUUCAGGCUAUUAUUUGAAUUUCUCUUGAACACCACCACUAUAGAGUUCUGUAUUAUUAUAUAUUUAAUAAAAGUCUUGUCUCGAUAUAGUACACUAUAUAUAAAUUUGGUUUCCUGUGGUCAUGAUCAAGAUAGUAAUUCAUAUUAUUACACUUUGUCUGCAGUCCGAAAGCCUGUCUACUCUAUAGAAAUAAAAAUGCGGUGUAGAAAUGGAAAAAAAAAUGGAUGCUAGAAAUCUGAAUGUACUAUCAUCCAAAAGAAAUUGUGAUUUUAUUGUAAUUGGUUGUCACUGUGAUGUGAUAUCUAGAAUUAAAGAAUACAUGUAGACUUUCCUGGUAUUUAGCCUUUCUUAAACUUUUUCAAUUUAAACUUUCUAACAUAUGUAUCAACCUCUGUAUUUAGUCAGUGGCUCAUGGUACCAUACUCUGCCCUUAACUAGUUGAAUGCAGUGGUGGUAUGGUGCACAGUACUUGGGAAAAAACUGUCUUACAAAAGAUAUAUCUCUGUGAAGAAAUGUGAAGAGUUUAUAUAUAAUACAGAAAAUGGUCAGAGAAAUGCCCAGUGAAUUAAAGCUUCAUAUCUGCUUUCUGAA